UACCACCAAUCGAACCAUCAACCAUGUCACCACCACACCCAUUUACACGACUGCUCGUCGCAAAUAGGUAUUAAUCCUUUCUCAUCAACCUCUACGCGGGCAACUGACAGAAUAGAGGCGAGAUAGCCGUCCGCAUAAUCCAAGCAGCUCGCGAGCUGUCACCGCCAGUUCAGGUACUCGCGCUCUACACAGAGAAUGAUCGGUCUCAUUGUGAUCUAGGCCACCCCCAUCAGGAGAUAAUGCUCGCAUCAUCCGCAGCAUACCUGGACAUUCCGCUACUGAUUCGUCUCGCGAAAGAGCACAGGAUUGAAGCGGUGCAUCCAGGGUACGGGUUCCUGAGCGAGAGCGCCGCAUUUGCGCGCGGUAUGCACGAUGCCGGCAUCACGGUUGUCGGUCCAGGGUGGGAGACGUUGACGCGAACCGGCGACAAGCUCCAAGCGAAGCAACUUGCCGUGGAGUGUGGCGUGCCGGUCUUGCCAGCCACACCGCAUCCAACGGCGGAUAUCGCCUCAAUCCAAAGGUUCGCACACGAGGUGCACUACCCCGUGAUGAUCAAAGCGGUUGAUGGUGGUGGUGGGCGAGGGAUACGUCUCGUCCGUGAGGACAACCAGCUGGAGCGCGCAGUGCAAGCAGCGAUGGCGGAGUCGCCUUCGCGGACAGUCUUCGUGGAGAAGGCCGCCGUGGACGGCUUCCGUCAUGUCGAGGUGCAGAUUAUAGGCGACGGACAUGACGUCUGUGAGCUCGGGGAGCGCGACUGCAGUGUGCAGCGGCGAUUCCAGAAAGUAGUCGAGCUGGCACCUUCUUUGAUUCAUGACCGUGCGCUUGUGCAGGAGGUGCUGGAUGCAGCACUGCGCAUGGCCCGAGCCAUUCAUUAUCGAUCCCUAGGCACUGUGGAGUUUCUGGUCGAUGAGCAGCAAAGUCGGUUCUACUUUCUCGAGAUCAAUCCUCGUCUACAGGUUGAGCAUACCAUUACCGAGACGAUCCACGGCAUCGACCUCGUUCAAGCGCAACUGCAACUAGCGCAGGGGCAUACACUUGCCCAGAUCGGUCAGGUGUCUGCAUCACUGGAGAAGCCCCGUCUAUUUGCGAUGCAACUACGUUUAUGCGCCGAGGAUCCGCACCACAACUUCUCACUCAGCACGGGCAAAGUGACAGAGUUCAGAUGUCCCGGAGGCAACGGAGUCCGAAUCGAUACCCACGUUGACCCAACUGGCGCGAGUCCUACAACAGUCGGCACUCAAUUCGACAACCUACUGGCGAAAAUUAUCGUGACGGCAUCCAGCUGGGAGGCGACCGUGCUCAGAGCCCGUCGAGUGCUGGCAGACACAAACAUCGGCGGCAUCCGCACCAACCUGGAUCUGCUGCGAGGAAUCGCCGGCCACGCAGACUUUCUGUCCGGCAGAAUUGACAACCAAUGGCUGGAAUCCCACCUACCGGAAGUCCUCCAUAUCGGCGGCAAUGCGGGCCAAAGCCAUCGCGUAGCAGCCCCGUCGGGAAGCAAGACAUCGUCGCUUGCUGGCAACCCAGGAUCGAACCCGCUGCUUCGCGGCGGCGACGCAUGGUCUGUAGUCCUCGAGCCACUGCCAUCUACCCAGCAACAACCCAAGGGCGACCUGCGUCAUCAUCUCCGGCUGACGCGCGUACUCUUGAACAACUUCCCCUCGUCUCUAGCAGCCGAGGUCGAGUACACCACGCCCACCUCAUCCCACGCAUACCGGCUCCAGCUGGCAGCCACCGCGACCGCAGCGUCCGCCGUGGUCUCAUCCGCACAGAGACGCGGCGAUAUCCACAACCCUCGACAAAUUGUCCUCCCGCUAUCGGGCAAGCUGAUCGAGAUUCUAGUCGCGACAGGCGAUCUCAUCGCUAAAGACCAGGUAGUGGCAUUCCUCAAGCAGAUGAAAAUGGAGGUGGAGAUCCGGAGCCCCCGCGCAGGCCGUGCGCAGUGGGUGUAUGAGAUGGAAGACGAGGAGGACGAGGUAGCAGAAGGUAUGCUCCUGGUCGAGCUGGAGGAUGAUUCGUUGAAGGGGAAACUGUAGCUUUGCGGGUUCUAUUUAAAGGUCGCCCGCAUUCCAAAUGCGCACAUUCUGUACGCCAUCGAGUCGAGCGAGUCUAGAAUUGUUCUAGAGCGAGUUCCUGCAGACUGCCACGUACCUUGUUCACAUAUUUCCAUGGUUCCUUGCGUUGGCCGAAUUGUGGGACUGGGGGGAUAAAUAUAGCCGAUCUACGUGCCUUUCAAACGUUCGAUCCAGAAUGGAAUAAUGCAGUGCCUUUUGUGGAUGAGAGACAGGAUCGAUGUGUUGACUGGAAUGAAGCGGCCUUCGACAGUCCGUAAUCAACGAGCGAUAGAUCUCGAACGGUGA